AUGGGUGAAGGUCUCAAGCAAAGCUAUGAUGAAGACCUAUUCAAUUCUGACUCCUUUCCGAGUAACUCUGAUGACAGCGACGACAAUGAUGACUCCACAGAAGGAGCAGCUUCUUCCUCACCAUCAGCCGAGUCAUCCUGGCUGCCACCAAAGAUGAAUUCAAAUGGACCUCUAUAUGAACUAUCUUCACUCAUGGAGCAGCUACCCAUCAAGAGAGGGCUGUCCAAGUACUAUCAAGGCAAAUCACAGUCCUACACAUCACUGUCUGUGGUUAGCAGCAUCGAGGAUCUGCCAAAGAAGGAGACUCCAUGCAGAAGGAAGAUAAAGCCGUGCAAGAGUUAUGCAGCAGGAAUGGAUGCGAGCCAGAAGUCUGAUCAUGCUCCCGGGUCAUGUAGCAAGACCAUAUCAAAGAAUGCUCCCAAAAUACCUUCUUCUUGUGCUUCUCUGAUGUCAAAAAGCAGCAGCAGCCUUCUUGGUAGCAGCAAACCAACUCCUGUCCCUGCACAGAAAAAUCCAUGUCCUCGUUAAAAUCCAUUCAUAUACAGUUGAUGUUCAGAUGGGAGCAAUUCUUGUGUCAUGUUUCUAUUUGUCUAGUGGUUAUGAAGUUCUUUGUUUUCUAUGAUUUGUACAAUGUUGCUAUCGAAUGAUGAGUUCCAAAAUUUUCAGACUUCGAUGUUGUUUCAAAUUCCAUUGGAGGUGCUUGAAAUAAAAAUCUCUCUUAUCCAUUAGUA